AUGUCCAAAUCAUUUUCCUUAGAAUCAAUUGUUCGUCCAAAUAUUCUAUCUCUUAUCCCGUAUAGGUGCGCAAGGGAUGAUUACGAUAUUGGAAUUCUUCUUGAUGCCAAUGAAAACUCUUUUGGCUCUGUUCUUCAAGACAAUGAAUCUUUACUAGUUGAAGAUCUUCAUAGAUAUCCCGAUCCAAACCAAGUAUUAAUAAAAGAGAGACUUGUCUCUUUUCGUGGCCUGCAGUCGAUUGAUUACUUUUUUCUAGGAGUAGGUUCUGAUGAAAUUAUUGACCUAGUGAUAAGGAUAUUUUGUGUUCCUGGAAAAGAUAAAAUUAUAAUUACACCACCAACUUAUGGAAUGUAUUCUGUUUGUGCUAAUAUUAAUGAUGUCCAAAUAAUUAAAGUGAAUUUGGAUGUAGAAGAUGGCAAAUUUCAGUUAAAACCUGAUAGAAUCUCCAAUGCAUUAUCCGAAAACCCUUCAACAAAAAUAGUUUUUCUUUGUUCUCCUGGAAACCCAACUGGCACCUGCUUAUCCCAUACCGAUAUAAAAGCAGUUUUGGAUGAUCCAAAUCUUAAAGGAGUAGUGGUUAUUGACGAAGCAUAUAUAGAUUUCACGGAGGAGACAAAAAAAGCUAGUGUUGCAAAAUGGGUUGAAGAAUAUCCUAAUUUAAUUGUUAUGCAUACUUUAAGUAAAAGUUUUGGUUUAGCUGGGAUUAGACUAGGUAUAUGUAUAGCUAACCCAAAAAUAAUUCGUUUGAUGAAUAAUACUAAAGCGCCAUAUAACAUCAAUUCUUUAACCUCCCAUGUUGCACUUGAUGCAUUAUCAUUACAAAAUAUUGAAAAAAUGCGUGAGACAGUUCGUAAAAUUCGUGUAGAACAUACCAAACUCAUGUCAUCUAUUACUAAUAUAACUGGUAUUGGUAAGAUACUAGGUUCAAAUGAUGCUAAUUUUAUUCUUGUACAAGUUUUAGAUGAAGCUUGUGAAAAGCCAAGUAACAAGAGAGCACAAUGGGUUUAUAAAGAAUUAGCUGAACAUUUAGGAAUAGUGGUCAGGUAUCGAGGUAGUGAAUUAGGUUGUGAAGGAUGUUUAAGAAUUACAGUAGGAAACCCUCAAGAAAAUGAAAUAUUAUUAGAAAAUUUGAAACAAUUAUUGGAAGGAACUUCUACUAAAUCUAUUUAG